AUUGCCGCCCCGGCGCGAGCAAACGGUACCCGAACCCACACCGAUCAAAGGCGGAGAUACGGCAGACGGCAGCGCGGACACCGGAGAGGCGGCGGCGCUGCGACUCGCAAACCAAAACAAACGCACACGCUUGUUUUUGUUUUCACAACGUACGCCAGCAGCAGCAGCAGCAGCACCAGCCACCACCACCACCACCGGCACCACUAUCGACAAACGUUCAUCAUCAUCACACAAAAAUGACGGGACGGAAAACUGUAGUUAUGGUAAGACAUGGGAUGAGCCAGUGGUCUGAAAAUAACGUCUUCUGUGGAUGGUACGAUUCGGAGUUGUCCGAACAAGGAUUGGAAGAAGCUCACGAGUGCGGUCGUUUGAUGAAAUCCGCGGGCUAUAAUUUCGACAUUGUGUUCACAUCUCUGUUAACUAGAGCUCACCAAACAUUGGACGUGGUCGCCAAGUACUUAGGACAGCCCGAUGUGCACGUAAUAGAAACAUGGAGACUGAACGAACGGCACUAUGGCGCUUUGACCGGAUACGUCAAAGGCCAUCUGGUCGACAUACACGGGGAACAACAGGUGAAAAUAUGGAGACGGAGUUUCGACGUGAUGCCACCACCGAUGGAUUCUGACCACAAGUAUUACGAUGCGGUCAUGAACAACCCGAAACUCAAGAAGUACGCCAACGAGCAUAACGUUAAGUUCCCUGUGACUGAAUCGCUCAAAGAGACCAUGGAGAGAGUGAUACCGUUCUGGGAGCAGAUGAUUGCGCCUGCCGUGCGACAGGGACAAAGGGUAUUGAUCGUUGCUCACGGUACGGUGUUGCGAAGCCUCGUCAAGUAUUUAGAAGGCAUAUCAAACGACGACAUUUGCUCAAUAAACAUUCCAUCUGGUAUUCCAUUCUUCUACAAGUUUGACGAGUACAUGAAAGUGGUGUCGACCAAGGAAUUUCUGGGAGAUCCAAAGCGAGUGCAAGAGGGUAUUGCCAGAGCCGCAUCAAUCGGUACCAUAAUACCACGUUGAACAACUGUCAUUUUUUAUGUACUCUAAAUGUUCGGACUGUAUUCGGAUGUACUAAGCGUUUAAAAAAUGACUAUUUUGUGUGUUGUUUUAUGUCUUGGCUCUUCCUAUUUGUCCACCUCUUUCUCAACCCCCCCCCCCUUAUUUUUUCUCCAACACUCGUCGUAAAUUGUGUUUUAUUUAUUUUGUAUAAGUUAAUUUUUUUGAUAUUUAUAUAUGUAUAAUGAUUAAUGAAUAAUGAACUAUAAUUUUUUUUUGUAUUGAAAAACAUAUUAUAUUAGGUAACAAUAAUCAAAAUAUAAAAUUAAAAAUAUUUGUAAGAGGCGAUUAAUUGAUUCAUAGGUACCCGUGUACAUUUAUAGUUUAUUUCUAAAUUAAGAAAAAUGAAUUUAUCAAAUGUUUGCAUAGUACCAAUGCCCAAAGGCAGUGGUAUAUUGGUAAAUACAUUUGUAGGUAUACGCCUUUUUUAAACUAUAAUUACAACAAAAAAAAAAUGUUCCGCUCUAAUUUGAGAUACAUGCAUUUACUUUUUCUCGCUCUACACAAACUCAUAAAUCCACAUUUUCCUUUAAUGUACUAUAAAAUGUUUUUUUU